GAUCAAAUGUGCCUGAUGGUUGCGGAUCUGCUGGAGUUCAUGCCCGUCAGCAAGGACCUGCGGCUUGCGGCCGGGACCGGCCACCGCCUGCGGCUGGCCUUCUCCCAGUCCCUGGGGCUUUACCUUGGCGUGUACAUGCACGCACCCAAGCGAGGGCAGUUCUGUGUCUUCCAGCUGGUGAGCGCCGAGAGCAACCGCUACAGCCUCGACCACAUCUCCUCCCUGUUCUCCUCGCAGGAGACUCUCGUGGACUUUGCCUUAACCUCGGCCGAGAUCUGGGCGCUGUGGCACAACGACGAGAACCAAACCGUGGUGAAAUACAUCAACUUUGAGCAGAAUGUCGCGGGCCAGUGGAACCAGGUCUUUGUGCAGCCGCUGCCUGACGAGGAAGUGACGGUUCGACACGAUCAGGACCCCAGGGAAACCUACCUGGAGUAUCUCUUCAUGCCUGGCCGGUUCUCGAACGCAGCGAUCCAGAAGGCCCUGCAGAUCUUUUCUCAAGGAACCGAGAGACACCUGGAUCUGACGUGGGAUGAGUUAAAAAAAGAGGUGACCUUAGCUGUGGAAAGCGAGUUCCAGGGCAGCGUGACGGAGUACGAGUGCUCGCCGGAGGAGUUUUGGCAGCUGCAGGUGGAGUUCUGGUCCAAGUUCUACGCCUGCUGCCUUCAGUACCAAGAAGCGCUCUCGCGGCCCCUGGCCCUGCACUUGAACCCCUACGCCAGCAUGGUGUGCCUGCUGAAGAAGGGCUCCCUGUCCUUCCUUGUGCCCUGCUCCUUGGUGGACCAUCUCUAUCUCCUCUCUAACGAGCACCUCCUGACUGAGGACGACGCUGCCAUCUUUGAUGAUUUGGAGAUGUCUCGUGAUGUUGUCUGUCUUGUCCAGUGCCUUCGACUGAUCGGAGAAUCAAUUUCCAUGGAAAUGGCAUUCAUCAUGGAAAUGGCUUGCUCCCGCCUCCAGCCUCCAGAAAAGGCUGCAGAGCAGAUCCUGGAGGACUUGAUAGCUAAUGACACGGAAAACGUGAUGGAGGAUAUACACAGCAAACUGCAGGAGAUCAGGAACCCCAUCCACGCCAUCGGCGUGCUCAUCCGAGAAAUGGACUACGAGACGGACGCUGACAUGGAAAGAGCUCAUCACCUGAACAUGCGCCUGAACCUCACCCAGCUGUAUGGCAGCGGCACCGCUGUCAGCGUGGUGUGCUGGGGGGUGUGCAAGAUUGCCACGAUCCGUUUCCUGAUCUGUCGGGACCUGUUGAUCCUCCAGCAGCUCUUGCUGCGGCUCGGAGAUCCUAUGGUUUUGGGAGGGGUACAGCUGUUCCAGUCUCAGCAGGACCUGCUGCACCGCACCUCUCCCCUGCUGCUGUCCUACUACCUGAUCCGGUGGGCAAGCCAGUGCCUGGCCUCGGACGUCCCCGUCGACACGCUGGAAUCUAAUCUGCAGCAUCUCUCUGUGUUGGAGUUAGCAGACACCACUGCUGUAACGCCUCAUAAGCUAGUAUCCAGCCCUCAAACGAUCGUGGAGCUGUUCUUUCAGGAGGUGGCCAGAAAACACAUCAUAUCUCGACUCUUCUUGCAACCAAACGCCUCUUUGGCUGAAACAAGUUUGAACUGGCCCCACCUCGUUACGGCCAUAGUGGCUGAGUUUCUGCCGCUCCUAUGGCCCAGCAAUCCCGGCUUCCUCUUCCCCGAGUGCCUGAUGGGGAGCUGUCAGUACACCCAGCUGCAGUCGCUGCUCUCGGAGCUCAGGUGGGAGCCGGUCUUCCCAAGGCUCUGCUCCCACGUCUCCCUUCUGGAGAUGCUGGGCUGGAAGUUUGUCCUGCGGGUGAAAUGA